GCGCACAUUCAGAGGCCGGCGGCACUUUACACAGACGCAGCAGCUCAAGAAAGGCCGAACCACUCCAACAGCAUCUUCACCCAGUGCCUGAGGCUGAGUCUGCAGCUCCUGGGGCCAUGGACCGGAUCAGACCGCUGGGCCUGGGCGCGCAGCCGGUCGGCGCACUGCAGGUUCCCGCGUCUCUCCUGCGCCCUCCGCCUCUGUUCCUCCGGGCGUGCAACCCCACCAUGGAGAGGGGCUACCCGCGGACCCCGAAGUGCGCACGAUGCAGGAACCACGGCGUGGUGUCGGCGCUCAAAGGUCACAAGCGUUUCUGCCGCUGGAGAGACUGCGUGUGCGCAAAGUGCACCCUGAUAGCGGAGAGGCAGCGCGUCAUGGCGGCGCAGGUGGCUCUGCGCAGGCAACAGGCGCAGGAGGAGAGCGAGGCCCGGGAGCUGCGCCUCCUCUACCCGGACACAGGGGUUCCUCAGGGGUCACCCGUGGGCCCCGGAGUUGCCGGAGCCGCUAGCAACACAGCGCCGGGGUUUGACGUUUUUGGAGCGGAAAACCCAAAAGACGACGAUAAACUGAGCAAAUUCAACUUUUACAACGGAUUCAUGGGUCGACCCCUCUUUGCUCCUCAUGUCACCCGUCUUCCAUCUCCAUCUGAAAAGGACUUGUCUCCAAACAAAGACAACGCAGCGUCUUUCACCGACGACAGCAUCAGUCCGUCCCCGAUGUUCGACCAGGGUUCGGAUCACACAGAGAGCCCGCAGAGGUCGCUUUCCUCCUCGGAUCCAGAGUCCGGGAGCGAGUCGGAAAAGCCGAUAAGCUACUCGAGCCGGGACCCCCGAGACCCCACUGACAUCUUGGCCAGGAUCUUCCCCCACCAGAACCGGGACACCCUGGAGUCUAUGGUGAGGACGUGCAAAGGGGACAUUGUCAAAUCCAUCGAGCUGGUCCUGAGCUCCAAAGAGAACCAGCUGGACUCCAGUGGUUUGUCUCCGAGGCCUCCUGUGGGAUCUGUGGGGAGCAAAUCUGCGUUCUCGGCGGUCCAUAUGUCCCCCAGCCCGGCCGGGGGGGACAGCCUGUACGGCCUCAGCCCUCGCCUGGGUGUGGGGCCCCUAAGGCUGGCGUACUCCUCUGCCAACGCCGGGAUGGCAGGUCUGAUGUCCCCGUACAUGAGCUCCGGACUGAUGCCGGUGUUUCCUCUGCCCCCCCUGGACUCCUACCCCUUCCCUGGUGUGAUCCGGGACCUGUCCUACCUCCAGAACAAGGACUCACUGUGCACCACUGGUCUGUACGCACGACUCAGCCCUGACAAGUGACCCCCCCCCCCCCCCCCCCCAGACAUGACACUGUUCAGUCUGUUCAGUUAAUGUGGGUGUAAAUGGGGUUUCAGAUGUGUUUUUAUAUUUGUUGUUUUUUUACUGUAAAUUUGUAAAGAUUUUGUUUUUUCUAUUAGUAAUAAAAAACAUCAAAACUG